UGCACCGAAUACCACGAUCGCCAAGGCAGCACUGGACACCGCUCAAGUGCUCUGCAGAGAGCUGCAUGACUGGGUACAGUCAAGAAAGGAAGCAAUCUCGGUCCCCUUGUACCAGCAUGGGCUCGCCGUCUCGCGAGGGCGUGCUUCAAUAGUUCGUCUGUUUGCCAAGUUCAAAAGGACUUGGUUUCCUCUCUCCUUUCUGACUUGCCGCUGCAAGCACUGUCUGUCUUGAGUCUCCUUACCUAGCUCUUCCCACGGACCUUUUCGUAGAUAGCCAUCCACAACUUUGCUUGCAUCAGUACUCUAUCCGUAUUCGAGACAUCUUGUCCCCACUGCUUCUCACCGCCAUGCUGUCACUGGCGUCUCUUCUUAAUCCCGCCCCUCCAGGGCCACCAAUCAACAGGUUUCCUCCAAGCCCAGCCUCGUCUUCAUCCCCAACGGCUUCUCUCCCAGACGAGCUGGGUCUUUUAGAUGAUCACAGAAUGGCCAAGCAGAAGAUACCGAAGACUGCGGCUCUUUUGCCUACGAGUAGACCUAAGGGAGCUGUCAAUUUCCCCCCAUUCGAGAAUCUAGACGAGGCUUCGCUCCGCCAAGUCCGGCAAUUUCGCGUCCGUUUCUUCGGGAACAUACAGGACCAUUCCCGGCACAUCCCCUACAACAGCGGGAAGAAGGAUUUUUUCCAGAAGACAGGCCGAGAAAGCUUCGAAGUUUUCCAGUAUACUUUCAAAGUGCCCGGGGACGAGACCGAAUACACCGUCAUGUGGGAUUACAAUGUCGGCCUCGUCCGCAUGACCCCUUUCUUUAAGUGCUGUAAAUACCCCAAGACGACACCGGCCAAGAUGCUGAACUUAAACCCCGGGCUCAAGGACAUAACGCACAGCAUCACGGGGGGUUCUAUCAUGGCUCAGGGUUACUGGAUGCCAUACUACUGCGCCAAAGCCGUAUGCGCAACCUUCUGCCACAAUAUCGCAGGGGCCCUGAUACCCAUUUUCGGCCCCGACUUCCCCUCCCGCUGCACGCCUUCGGAAGCGCCAGAGUACAGCCGCAUGGUCAUCGAUCCAGCUACCGUAGUCCAAUCUACCAGAGAAGCAGAGCAUUUCCGCAGAUUAUGUAGCAACUCGGCCGCCUCUGCCAGCAAUAACGGCCCAGCCAGCCCGGCCCAGGAUCGACGGCCUUUAUUCCGGAAUCCUUACGACGAAGUCAGACACAGCCAUAGCCACUCAUACUACCGCCGCCGUCCAAUCCCGAAGGCUCUCGCAACCCCUAGUAGCCCGUAUACCACGGACCCGGACAGUGACACGUCUCCUAUAACCUCGGAGCCCGGCCACCGCAAUCGCUACCCAUACUCCCCCAUCCAGCCACCACCGCCGCCAUCAGUAGUAGCAGCCCCAUCUCUCCGGCCCACGAGCAGCGGAUGGACGCCCGCCAACGUAGUGUCACCACGGCACUACGCCCCGCCCGGCCCAAGCCCCUGGCUCAGCGCCGUCCCGCGCUUCACCACAGAAACGCAUAUACAACCGUACCCCCUAUCGCCCCGGACCUCGCAUCCCCACCCGCAGCCAUGGCGGGGCGGCAGCAAGCGAUCGGCCGAGCACGUGGAGGCCGAAUACGAGACCCACGGCAACGCCUUGGCGAAGAUAUCCGCGGCGAACAAGACUGCGGCGGAGAAGCCCCGCAACAACAACAGCAGCAGCAGCAGCAAGAUAAAACAGGCAUCGCCAAGUGACUCCCCAGUGGUGGGAGGCGCGGACAAGAACGCAGCGCUACUCCUGAUGAACCUCAGCGUCGGAGACUCGCGAGGCAUUACCGGCGGCAGCAGCAGCACAACGACGUCGGGCACGAGUUCGCCGCGCGACGGGUCCUUUCCGCGGGUUAAGCGGGUGAGGUCGAACUCGAUGUAGCUAGGAAAGCCAAGACAACAACUUGCCCCAGCUACGUUGAAGACGAGCACAGGGGGGGGGGAAGGGACGUUGGCGUAGAUAGUU